AUGGCAAAAGCUAGGGAAGAAUUUAUAAGGUGUUCCAGCCUGGAGGACGUACUCAGCUGUCCCAUCUGCCUGUGUCUGUACAGGAACCCAGUGUGGCUGAGCUGUGGUCACAGGUUCUGCAAGCAGUGCAUCCAGAAGGCACUCAAUGCCCAGCAGCAAUCCAAGACCCCUCCCUCCUGCCCCAUGUGCGAGUCCCAGUUGGGGUCCAUCCUGGAGCUGCAGAAGAAUUCCCAGCUGUGCAGCAUCAUGGAGGCCACCACUUCCAGCAAAGAACAGGAUGAGGACUCUGCACAGGGGAAGGAGGAGGUGAUUCCCUGUGACUUCUGCCUGGAAUCGCCCCAGCCAGCAGCGAAAGCCUGCCUGAUCUGCAACGCGUCUCUGUGCCAGGCCCACUUGAACCACAGCUUCCCAGCAGGACCAUGUCCUGGUAGAG